AUGGCGGGUCAGCCCCGACACCCCCGGGAGAGAGGCACGUGUGCCACACCAUUGAAGGGCAGUCAGGCGCGAGAAGGGGCGGGGCCGGGCGUGUGCCUGCAGCCUGAGAGGCGGGGGCUCAGGUACAUCUGCCGCCUCGCUCUCAGUUUGGACUCCUUGCAGCAGGCGCUGUCCAGCCCGACUCGCCCGGUGAGCAGAGAGUACCUGGAUCGCAGCUUCAGCCUGGGCUCCCCGGUGUCCGCCGAGUCCUUCCCGUCCCUGAUCAGCUCCAUGGAGCCCAUGCUCUACCCACCCACCGACCUGAAGAUGGGGGGCAGCCUGCCGUCAUCCUCAUCCUCCGGGCUCCCCAUCAAGAGGCCGGCGUCUGUUCACCCCAAGGCGCCCGCAGCCAAGAAGACCAAAGCCAUCCGCAAGCUGACCUUCGAGGACGAGGUGACCACAUCCCCGGUGCUAGGGCUGAAGAUCAAGGAGGGUCCGGUGGAGCGUCCUCGGCCCCCCGGCUCCGGGCACAAGCCGCUGGGUGAGUUCAUCUGCCAGCUGUGUAAGGAGGAGUACAGUGACCCGUUCUCCCUGGCACAGCACAAGUGUUCCCGCAUCGUGCGGGUGGAGUACCGCUGCCCCGAGUGUGACAAAGUCUUCAGCUGCCCGGCUAACCUGGCAUCGCACCGCCGCUGGCACAAGCCCCGGCCCCCGCCCACCGUCCCAGCUAAAGAGGAGCCGCUCAGCGACCGGGACACCCCGAGCCCCGGAGUCUCCGAGUCCGGCUCUGAAGACGGCAUGUACGAGUGCCCGCAGUGUGCCAAGAAGUUCCGCCGCCAGGCUUACCUGCGAAAACACCUGCUGUGCCACGCCCCCGAAGAGUUGCUCUACCCCGAGGAACGGAGCGCCAAGAGCCCCGGGCCGGUCAACCUCAGCAACAACAGCGGCGAGUGCUACCCGUGCCCGGUGUGCGGGGAAACCUUCCCUGGCAAGAGCAGCCAGGAGCGUCACCUCCGCCUUCUCCACUCCUCCCAGCUGUACCCCUGCAAGUACUGCCCUGCCACCUUCUACAGCUCCCCCGGCCUCACCCGGCACAUCAACAAGUGCCACCCCUCCGAGAACAGGCAGGUCAUCCUGCUGCAGGUGCCAGUGCGCCCGGCCUGCUGACCAGCCCAAAGACUUUGCCAG